GUAGAGAAGACAUCAGACUUCCCGUCAGCUGAGUUCUCUGUGGUGGAGGAUGUUGCUCUUCACUUCACCUGUUUGAUGGACAGGUUGAAUGAGCAGCGUCUCUUCCAGCCUGACCUCUGUGACGUGGACAUAGUGUUGGUGCGCCAGCGCAGUACCUUCUCUGCCCACAAGGGGGUGCUGGCGGCCUACAGCCCCUUCUUCCACUCCCUGUUCUCCCAGAGCAAGCAGCUGCGCCGGGUCGACCUGUCUCUGGAUGCCCUCAGCUCCCAGGGCCUGCAGCAGAUCCUUAACUUCAUCUACACCUCCCGUCUGUUGGUCAGCAGCCGUAGCGUCAGAGACGUGCUCAACGCCGCCACCCUGCUGCAGAUGAUGGACAUCGCAGCUUCUUGCCGUGACCUCAUCAGCAGCCAAUCGUUAAGGGCCGCGGUAGACAACCUGGCCAAUCAGGAUGGCCUCAGUGACCCUAAUUCCAUGACAAUGACCCCUGGAAGUCAGCUGUACCGGGAGAUCAAGCAGGAGGCGGAGUUAGGGAGGGCGGAGUUAGAAAGGGUGUACACUCGGGAGGGGAACAGCCCUUUCUCUGUGAGGGUGGAGGACGGACCUGGAGAGAGCCAGCAGCAUCACCCUGCCUCCUCCCAGUCCCAGGCCAAGCAGUACUACUUCCAACAAGAGGACAGAGAGAGUGGGGGAGGAGGAGGGAGGGGUCUGUUUAAGCUGGAGGGGGGCGGGGAGCAGAUCAUCGUAGAGGUCAACCUCAACAACCAGACACUCAACGUCUCCAAGGGGUCAGAGAGCAAGGCUGUCGCCACGUAUACCACCGCCACUGCCAUGUUCACCCGCUCCCAUGGUGACCAGAGGGAGGAGGAGGACAAGGAAGAGGAUGAUGAUGAUGAUGAUGAUGGGGAGGUCGGGGAGGUCGGGGAGGAGGAGCAGAGAGGGAAAGAGGAGAAGAUGGGGAACAGCAGCGAAGAGGAGGAAGAGGAGGAAGAGGAGGAGAACAAUGAUAUGAACAUACCAGCAGAGUCUAUUAUGAUGAACAGAACCCUGGCGGUUGCCACCACAACCGUCUCCAUGCGGCAGACCCUUGGUGAUGCCACCCUUGCCAACCUUCACCAGGGGAGGAAGAGGAAGCAGAACCCUGAGAGCGUAGGUCAGAUGGUCAGACUGGAAGAGAAACAACAGUUCCACUGUAAGAAAUGUCCCCGGGUCUUCAACAACCGCUGGUACCUAGAGAAACACAUGAACGUCACUCACAACCGCAUGCAGAUCUGCAACAAGUGUGGAAAACGCUUCCUUCUGGAGAGUGAACUACUACUUCACCAUCAGACCAACUGUGAGAAGAGCAUACAGUGUGCAACGUGUGGCAAGGCUUUUAAGAAGCUCUGGUCUCUCCAUGAACACAACAAGAUCGUCCACGGUUACGCUGAGAAGAAGUUCUGCUGUGAGAUCUGUGAGAAGAAGUUCUACACCAUGGCCCACGUCAGGAAGCACAUGGUCGCCCACACCAAGGACAUGCCGUUCACCUGUGAGACGUGUGGGAAGUCAUUCAAGCGCGGCAUGUCCCUAAAGGUUCACUCUCUACAACACUCUGGAGAGAAGCCCUUCAAGUGUGAGAACUGUAAUGAGCGGUUCCAGUAUAAAUAUCAGCUGCGAUCCCACAUGUCCAUCCACAUCGGACACAAGCAGUUCAUGUGCCAGUGGUGUGGCAAAGACUUCAACAUGAAGCAGUACUUUGAUGAACACAUGAAGACACACACUG